CGCGUUGACGAUGCUUGACCCCGUGAAAUUCCUGGCCAAAACAAACGGGUACAGGUGAUCCGGAAACAGUCCCAUCGUACAGGCCGGGCAUCGAAUGUCUUCGACGCUCGUGCCUUUUGACACGCCGGACGAGGAUCUCCCCGAUAUAGCGAAGAGAGUGAGACAGAGUUCGGCGGAUUGUUUUCCAACACAACAGACCUCAGGUGGUGGGAGCCGGCGUCGAAAAAAACAGAGCCAGCCGCGUUGUCACACCGAGGAAGGGGCGCGAGGUCCUUCUGUCGAAUCGGCCCGCUUGAAGGAAUGUGCAGGACCAUCUCGGCAGUCCGCCCAGCAACGCGGAGGCACCCCUGUCGUCACAUCCUCAAGGAAGGGAUUGGCGGGUCGUUGGGCUCCUGAUUGCCAGGAGGGCGAUGGAGGUGCGUCCACGAGGGCAGCCCUGCGGGAGAGGAGCGAGGGAUCAGACGAAGAAACGGAGAACGAUUCCAAGAUUCAUGUCGAGCGGAACGCGCAGGGUAAUCUUGCCGUCGACGAUGAGCAAUGUGGGGUCCAAGAGGACAAUGCCAACGAGGACAUAAGCGAGCGAGAGAGAGAGGACGAGGAGCGUGAGGACUCUCUGCCCGACUGCGAGGACGGAGAGUCUCAACAGUUCGAUGGGGGCGACUAUGGGGACGGUGGGGAGAACGAUGAAGACUGCCUUGCCGAUGAUGAGGAUGGAGGGGAGGAAGGGUGCGAUGAUAUGGAGGUCGAUGAGGGAGCAGGAGAUCGGUCGGAGGGCAGUGUGCAGAAAAGGAAGCAGCGAUCUUCAACAAGUCCGACGGGGGCGGCGGCGGCCACUGAUAGCGUGAAGAACAGAAAAGGGAAGGCGUCAACCAGAGCGACAAAAGCGGAGAAACGUCCGAUGAAAAGAAAGCAGAUGGUCGACGAGGGUGACUUCGGAGAAGACGCCAAAGGGGUUGCUCCUAGGGCUCCGUCCGAACAGACAGAGCGUUCCUCUGACAAUCGAUCUGUCACAGUGGACACAACAAAGUGCUUCUUCUUGGAGUUCGAUGAAGAUGGCUACGCGAGGAAGGAUCGGGUACACAUUCAAGUGGAUGUAACGAAGAUCUUGCCAAUUCCGGAAGGUGACAUCCUCUACAACCACAUAACGUUGGACGAAACGUUGGUGCAAUCCAUAUACGAUGCGAUCCAUAAUGUGGCCAAGGAAACCAACGGCAAGUGGGAUUUCAUGACUUUCAUCCUGGCCCCCAUUGCAGAGCAAAGAACAGUCAUGUCCAUAGACACCGAUGACGACAAAGAGUUGGACAUGACAGCGAUCAAGCCGAAGCUCGUGCCAGGAAGACCGUUGCCUCAAGGAUUUGCCCCGAACCCGUCGGUGCCAUACUUGCUGCAGGACAAGUACAAAGAGUCAUCGGAGGACGAUUGGGGUCAUCAUAUCCUCUGGCAUGAGGGCCAAGUGCAGAAUGAACAGGAGCAAGCAUGUGGUCAACAAAGCACUCCACGAAGCGCAAUGGGGGAUACGACAAUGAUACUCAAGGACGACGACGACAAUGUGAUGGAGUCCGACGCAUUGACAGAGCAGCCAACAGAGGGGACCAACGAAGGGACAACAAACGUUGGUUCUUUCGGGUCUCUCGUGGUGACAAUGGCAGCGCUGAAGGGCAUAUCUGAGAUGAUGGAAACCGAAGCUGGCCAUAAUGAUGAAAGUAAUGCGUUGAAGGUGCCACAAGAGGAGGUGGCAGCAACAACAGAGCAAGCGGCGAAAGGUGAGGGUUCACGCGAACACAUUUCUGUAAUAGAUAUGAGAUCGGAGAGUACGGGCGAGGAGAUGAUCCAAGACGAUCCGGCAAGAGUUGAGGGUGACCACGAAAAGGAAGCCCAACCACUGAGACGGUCGACAAGACCUGUGAUUAAAAAAGUAGUGAAGGACGCGUAGACAUUACUUAGAUUGAAAUGGGCGUGUGCACAGUUUUAGAAAUUGCACAACCGAUCAUAUAGGGUGGCAUAUAUCGAUACAUAUUAGAGGUUUGAAUACACAGAGGUUGACUCGUUAGCAGCGUAAGGUUCUGUGUGUGAACUGACGGUGUGUGCGCAAUCUUGUUACAAUGUUAUAAUGAAGGCAUAUGACACAC